AUGAGAACAUUUAUCUAUUCAAAUAUUGUUAUUCUAUAUUUUGCAUACUCUGUUUCACAAAAUAAUUUUGUGAUUCCAAAUGCUUUAAUUACUACACCUUCGCCACCAAAACAAAUUAAUAAUUCACAACAUCACAACCUUAAAUUUGAACAAAAAUCAACAAACCAAAAGAAAUUUAUACCUUUAACAAUUAAUAAUAAUAAUAAUUUUAAUCAAAACAAUACCAACAAUAAUUAUAAUAAUAACCCAUUUUUAAACAACAAAAGCAAACUUAUUGAUAGCCAAUAA